AUGGGGUCUGCAACGGAAGGAGAAGUCUAUGUGACUGUUUCAGCUGGCCAACUGACCUUGCCCAAGCGGCUCUUCAUUACAGACGCAGAUCCGGAAAAGCGAGCAACUGUUCCUUCGCUAUCUUUUCUGCUCCAGCAUCCUGAGCCUACUGGGAAAUCCACCAGCCUUGUAUUCGACCUCGGCCUCAAAAGAGACUUGACGAAAUAUCCUCCCACACAACAGGCUCACAUCGCCAACCGACAGCCAACGAUUUUGCAUCCCGACUGCGCAGACAGCCUGAGGGGAGGGGGAUUGGAUCCUGCUCGGGACAUUGAUAUUUUGAUGUUGAGUCAUGUGCAUUGGGGCCACGAGGGUACACCUGAUGACUUCCCCUGCUCGCAGGACGUCGUGGGCUCCGGGACUUUGCAUCUGCUCGAGCAUGGAGCACCUCCUCACUACCCAAGAGAGAUUUUCAAUCCAGAACUACUACCCCGGGACCGGACCCUGGAAUUGCCACCAGUGUCUAGGGAAAACACGACGGCGGCUCAGAAGCAGACCGCACACGAAUGGAACCCGUUUGCGGGCUUUCCAGCAAUCAUCGACUUCUUUGGUGACGGCAGCAUCUAUGUCGUUGAUAGCCCAGGGCACCUGUAUGGCCAUGUGAACUUGCUCGUCCGAACGGGGCCUCAGAAAUGGGUAUAUCUGGGAGGUGAUUGUUGUCAUGACCCGCGGAUCCUAACGGGAGAGAAGGACGUCGCGUUGUAUGACGACGGAAAUGGCGGGCUGAGGUCAGUCCACAUCGACACGGACCAGGCGAAAAGAACCUUUAAAGAGGAUUGGACCGCUCUUGAAGACACCGAGUCCAGUAUUCGAAGCGGACACACACGUUGA